AUGGAAGGCGAAACCGCCCCUGCGAACGACGCCGCCGCCGCCGCCGCUGCCGCCGUGGAGGAGUCGGAGGAGAAGCAGGGCGAAGUCGAGAAGCUCCGGUCUGAGCGAGCGGACCUCCAGAGCGAGCUCGAGGCGGCCGUUACCCAGGUGGAGAUAUUCCAGGCCACCAUUGAAGAGCUCCAGGGAUCGAGGGACUCCCUGGAGGCGCAAAUCAGGGAUCUGGAGGGGAAGCUCUCGAGGCUUGCGACGGAGAGGGCGGAGGAGGCCGAUCGGGCGAAGGGGGAGAGGCGGGCGCUGGAGGCGGUGGCCGCUCGGGCGGCGGAACUGGAGGGGGAGGUCUCCCGGUUGCAACACGACCUUGUUGGCGCUAUGUCCGAGGGUGAUGAUAAGGCCGCCGAGGUGAGGGAUCUCAAGGAAUCCUUGCAGAGGUUGGAGGGCGAGGUGAAGGAGUUGCAGGGGAAGGUGUUGGAAGCCAAUAAGAUCGAGGGCGAGCUGAAAGCCUUCCUUGGGAAUCUGGUGGGCGAGAAGGACGCGUUGGAAAAGAAGAAGGAUCAAGCGGAGGCGAGAGUUCUUGAGCUUGAAGGUACGUUGAAAUCUCUGGAGAUGGAGCUGGGGCCAGCGUCGUCGGAGAAGGGAGAAGAGGUGAUGAAACUGAAACUGGCGAUGGCAGACUUGGAGGAGAAAGUUGGUUUGUACGCAGCGAAGUUGGAGAGGGUCCAUCUGGUUGAGAAUGGGAACAGGUCUACUGAUGAUGUCGCUGCUAAGAAGGUCUACCCUACAGAUGAAAUCUUGGGUCAUAAAUUCUCUUGGAAGAUUAUGGCGGCAUCUGCAGGUGCAGUCACUGUUGUGACGGCAAUAGCAUGCUACCUGCGCUAUGCAAAGAUCAGGUGGAGAUUUUUUGAUCGGUUUCGGUGUUUGAGAUUUUACAACUAA